GCCGUGUGUACGAGAUCAGCUACCGGAAGAGCGCGCGCCGCAGCAGUCUUCUUCAUCGAGACCUGACGUCUGAUUCCCUUGACAUACAAACGGACGGCCUCCCUGUCACCUCUCUCACUCUCAUGGCCAGCGCCGAGGAUAUCAGAUGGGCGAGAAUAUCAACCGUCGCCCUCGGCGUCGCGACCGCGGCGAUCUCCGUCGCCGCGGCCUUCGUCUCAGCUUCCAUUGCCAGGCGGAAAUCAAGGCGUCUGGCCUCCCACGUCCGCGAGCUCGAAGCCUCUCUCGCGUCCGCUCUCGAGAAGGGCGCCUCGGAGAGACGCGGCAGAGUUAGAGCUCAGCAGGCCUUGAGGAAAGCCUUGGCUAAGCAGAGCUAUGAUGGACUGAAGCAGGCGUCCUCUUCCUCGUUUUCUUAUCCCAUGGCUCCCAUUGGCACCGUGCAAUCCUGCUUCUCCACGAGAAAUGGUACACCAAGGCAACCUCCACUUGUACCCCUUGCAAGAGCAUGCUUGGUAUUUGACCCAAGUCGAGUUCCCCCAGAGGCACUUGAAGGCCUUGCAGAUUAUUCCCAUUGCUGGAUCCUAUAUGUAUUUCAUCUGAACACUGACCUUGAUAGGCUGUGGAAUGAGCCUUCUAGAUCCAAGUUCAAGGCAAAGGUGAGAGUACCAAGACUAAAAGGCGGUAAGAUGGGCAUCCUUUCCACUCGAUCGCCACAUCGACCUUGUCCUAUUGGUCUGACAGUUGCAAAGGUGGAGGCAUUAGAUGGACAUGCAAUUUUGCUUUCUGGAGUUGAUUUAGUUGAUGGCACCCCAGUACUUGAUAUCAAACCUUAUCUGCCAUAUUCUGAUAGCAUUAAUGGUGCAACUGUCCCUGAGUGGCUAAAGGCGGAAAAUUCCUUAGCUGUGGCAUCUGUUAGCUUUUCUGCAGGCUUUGCUUCUUCUCUCUCCAGUUGCUGGAUACAAGCUGAAAAUCAAUCACUGUAUGCUUCACCAGAGGAGUUUCAGAGCUUAAUUAAGGAGGUACUCUCUUGGGAGAUAAGGUCGCUGUCUCAAAGGAGCCGUCCCCAUCAUGUGUUCUUGGGGAAUGCGAGCCACAAUACCUUAGAAGAAUUGGUGGACGAUGGGGAUGGAGAUCCCCAUGAUGCUUUCACUGGAAAGGCCUUGUCAUCCUCAGUUGGUGACAUAACAUAUCACCUAAUCCUAGAAGGACUUGAUGUCUCAUACAGAAUUGAUGAUAGGUCUAAUAUUAUGGUUGAGAAAGUCGACCUCGCCUCCAAUGCCAGAAACCAAAAUCGUUACAAUUACUCGAUGUGGAGAGAUAAGCUCAAGCAGCAAAAGUAAUUAUUAUUAUCAUGUGACUUAUUUGUAGGAGUAAAAGGUUUAAGAGGGAAAACAAGGUUCGCAGUCCAAACUAAUAUCUUGGCAGUCUUGCUGAUCACUCAUUCUUAAGUUUGCAUUUGGUCAUGAACUCUUGGUUUUCCCCUUGAAUUUUUGUUUGUGGCAAAGCCCACCCACCCACACAAGAAGGGUCAGAGUGUACAAAGUGUAGUUGUAAGUGGUUUUGAGUUUUUCUGAAGACAGCAUGUGUUGAUGAAUGCUGGCAACCGCUUCUAUACAUUGUUUUUAUUCCAACUAGAGCAGCCCAUCUUCUUAUU